CUCUUCGCCGGUCGAGCUUCCUUUCUAGCUAUUUUUUAUUCAUUUAACCCUAAAAUACUCUCAAAUCACCAUUGUAUCGAAGCUCUCUGUCUCUCUUCUCUCUCUCAAAGAAAUCUCUCCCUCUGAAGCUGUUUCUCUUUCCCUCUCCCCCAAGGCGAUCGGCAUUGUUCGGGGACUCGUUCCUGCAAGUCUUGUUCGGCAUUUCGUAUCUCCAUUUACAGAGGCCAGCGAUUCGAUACACGGUUAAACAAGAAGUUUGAGACUCGCGGAGAAAUUGCGGAAUGGAGUCUUCACAGUCACAGCAUCCGAGGAGAGGAGGUCUAGUUUCUGUAUCGCCGUCACAGUCCCCCCGGUCGAGCGAGAAGGCGUGCAGGGAUCUGCGAUCGGCCGAUGGAAAUUCGAGCUUCAGGCUAAAUAAGGACAGAGGUGUCAAUAUUCAGGUUAUUGUUCGAUGCAGGCCACUGAGUGAGGAUGAGCAGAGACUACGUACACAGUCGGUAAUUUCUUGUAAUGAGAACAGAAAAGAAGUGUCUGCAGUUCAGAACAUAGCUAAUAAGCAGAUUGAUCGGAAUUUCUUGUUUGACAAGGUUUUUGGUCCAACCUCCCAACAAAGGGAUUUAUAUCAUCAGGCUGUAUCUCCUAUAGUAUUUGAAGUUCUCGAGGGCUAUAACUGCACUAUUUUUGCCUACGGUCAGACAGGAACAGGGAAAACAUACACGAUGGAGGGAGGAGGAAGGAAAAAGAAUGGCGAGUUCCCAACCGAUGCAGGGGUUAUUCCAAGGGCUGUUCAACAAAUUUUUGACAUAUUAGAAGCUCAAAAUGCUGAGUACAGCAUGAAAGUUACAUUUUUAGAAUUGUACAAUGAAGAAAUAACAGACCUAUUGGCCCCUGAAGAAUCUUCUAAAUAUAUAGAUGACAAAUCCAAGAAACCAAUAGCCCUUAUGGAGGAUGGAAAAGGAUCUGUUUUUGUUAGAGGACUGGAAGAGGAAAUAGUAACCAGUGCUGAUGAGAUUUAUAAAAUCUUGGAGAAAGGUUCUGCUAAGAGGCGUACAGCCGAGACUCUUCUUAACAAACAAAGCAGUCGAUCUCACUCAAUAUUUUCUAUCACAAUACAUAUAAAGGAACGUACUCCAGAGGGGGAGGAGAUGAUUAGAUGUGGAAAGCUCAAUCUUGUCGAUCUUGCUGGUUCUGAGAAUAUUUCACGUUCCGGUGCAAGAGAGGGUAGAGCGAGGGAAGCCGGUGAGAUUAAUAAAAGUUUACUGACACUUGGUCGUGUGAUUAAUGCACUUGUUGAGCACUCUGGCCAUGUGCCAUAUAGGGAGAGCAAACUAACAAGGUUGUUGAGGGAUUCCCUGGGAGGGAAGACAAAGACAUGCAUAAUUGCCACAAUAUCACCCUCAAUCCAUUGUUUGGAAGAGACACUCAGCACACUUGAUUAUGCACACCGUGCCAAAAAUAUCAAGAAUAAACCAGAGAUUAAUCAGAAGAUGAUGAAAUCUGCACUUAUAAAGGAUCUGUAUUGUGAAAUUGACCGGCUCAAACAAGAGGUAUAUGCUGCCAGAGAGAAGAAUGGUGUUUAUAUACCAAGAGACCGUUAUCUUCAGGAUGAAGCAGAGAAGAAGGCCAUGACUGAAAAUAUAGAACGCAUGGAACUUGAUUUAGAAGCCAGAGACAAGCGAGUGGUGGAACUGCAGGAACUUUAUAAUUCCCAGCAGCUAUUGACUGCAGGAUUAACUGAUAAGCUUGAGAAAACUGAGAAAAAGCUCCAAGAAACUGAGAAUACAUUGGCUGAUCUAGAAGAAAGAUACAGACAAGCAAAUGCAACAAUUAAAGAAAAGGAAUAUCUGAUAUCCAAUCUUCUCAAGUCUGAGAAAGCACUUGUUGAGAAGGCACUUGAGCUUCGAGCAGAGCUAGAGAGUGCCGCAUCUGAUAUCUCUAGCUUGUUCACAAAGAUUGAACGCAAGGACAAAAUUGAAGACGGAAACAAGAUUCUUAUCCAUAAGUUCCAGUCCCAAUUAACUCAACAGCUUGAAAGUUUGCACAAGACACUGGCUGCUUCUGUCAUACAACAAGAACAGCAGCUAAAAGAAAUGGAGGAAGACAUGCAAUCAUUUGUAUCCACGAAAUUGAAGGAGACAGAAGAACUUAGAGGUCGCCUAGCAAACCUGAAAACCACAUAUGGUUCUAGCAUUGAAUCAUUGGAUGACUUUGCUGGGAAACUUGAUAGAACUUCUAGAUCAACCUUUGAAAAUCUGAAGUCAGAAGUUGUUAAACAUUCUUCUGCUCUGGAGGGACUUUUCAACGGCAUUGCUUCGGAGGCUGAUGUGUUACUCAGCGAUCUUCAAAAUAGUCUUUUAAUUCAGGAAGACAAAUUAACUUCAUAUUCACAACAACAGCAUGAGGCACAUCAUAGAGCUGUGGAAACCACUCGAUCAAUGUCUCAAAUUACUGUGAACUUCUUCAAGACUUUAGACAUGCAUACCACAAAAUUGAGCAAUAUUGUGGCUGACGCACAAGCUGUCAACAACCAGAAAUUAUCUGAGCUAGAACAGAAGUUUGAGGAGUGUGUUGCAAAUGAAGAAAGGCAACUCUUAGAAAAGGUGGCAGAGCUGGUCGCAAGUUCAAAUGCAAAGAAGAAAGAACUGGUUCAAACAGCAGUCCACGGCCUUCGAGAAAGUGCAGCCAACAGAACCAGCAGAUCAAAGCAAGAGAUUUCGGCCAUGCAAGAUUCCAGUUCAUCUAUCAAAUCUGAAUGGAAUAGUUUCAUGGAAAAAACUGAGACCCACUAUCUUGAGGAUGCUGCUGCAGUUGAAAGCAGAAAGAAAGAUCAGGCGGAGGUCCUCCAGUGCUGUUUGCAAAAGGCAAAGAUGGGUGCACAACAGUGGAAUAAUGCUCGAGGUUCAUUGCUCAGACAAGAGAAGAGUAAUGCUGCUUCUCUCAAUGACAUAAUGAGGGGAGGAAUGGAGGCCAAUCAAAACCUACGUGCUGAGUUUUCCUCUGCCAUGUCAUCCGCACUUGAAGAUGCAGAUCGAGCAAGCAAAGACGUUCUUUCAUCUAUCAAUCAUUCAUUACAACUUGACCAUGAUGCCUGCGGGAAUCUGGGCUCCAUGAUUGUUCCUUCUCGUGGAGAGUUGAGGGAAUUGAAGGGCGGACACUAUCACAGGAUUGUGGAGAUCACAGAGAAUGCAGGAAAAUGUCUUCAACACGACUAUUUGGUGGAUCAACCAUCAUGCUCAACACCGAAAAAGAGGUCAUUCAAUCUGCCAAGCACUGCAUCCAUUGAAGAACUCAAAACGCCCUCUUUUGAGGAGUUACUGAAGAUGUUUUGGGAUGGAAAAGCAUCAAAGCAAGCAAAUAGCGUUCACUCUAUAAGAGAUUCGAGGGUUCCUCUCACUACCAUUAAUUAGGACCAGAAUACAACCCAUAUAGCAGUGGUAAGAAGAAGAUUGUACAGAAACAGAAUUGCUUGCUUAUUUGGUUUUUAUUGCUGGUAUCAAAUGGGUAAAUUUCUAGCUAGUUAAGAGUUCGAUAUUCAUUUGAUCUAAGAAAAAAAAAAA